GAAGUGAGAUGAGAUGUCAGAUAAAUCAGACAAACUUCUACUGAACUGAACAUUUCUCUGCAGACGUCUUCUGAUCUCAGUAUGAGGACAAUUGUUGGUUUUAUUCUGUUAAUCCAUCUGACAACUUCUAAGAGUAAUUCUACCAGUAAUGUAGUUGCUGUAUGUGAGCGAUCAAGGGAUUAUGUGCCUCUUGAAAUUAUGAGGGAUCAUAAAUUCAACCCUUCACCCUUACACAGUCUAUCUUUGAAAGUGAAUGAAUGUGAAAACUCUCUCUCUAUCAACUGGUCUGUUAACAUUGAUGGCAGCAUUCAAUCCCUUACUGGCACAUGGAUAAAAGUGUUUGGUCCUCUUGAAUUAAAAUAUAAAUGUCAAUACCAGCCUCCAUUUACCUCAGAGGAGAAUAAUCUCACUGGAAUACAGCAGGUACAUUUCAGUUUGACUGUUGAAAAUUUUUCUGUUGAUCCUGAAACCACGUAUCUUGUACUUGGCUAUAAUCUUCCCACCCCACCCGGUGUAUCUACAGAGGGUUACACGAAGAGCAGCGUUUAUGAAACACAAGGAUGUGAGAUAAGAAAGAAACCAUUGUGCGAUCCAUGGGAUGCUAAUGUUUCUUCAGUCCUUUAUGAUGAAAAGAUAGCGGUUAAGUUUUUUACCACUUCAAUGACUGAUACGUACAUCGUCCAACUCAUGGACGAAACUGAUAUAUUGAACACUACAAGGAUAAAGGAGGUGGGAAAAGAAGAAAAGCUUAAAGUUGAACUGCCAUAUUCUGGGACCUGUAAAGACUUCAUGAUAUGGAUCACCCCAUCCAUUGAAAACUGUAAGGAUUUACACUGUUGUACUGUUAAACAUGAAGUGAAGUGUACAAACAGUUCAGGGCUGGCUGUCGCUGUUGCUGUUGGAUGUGUGCUGGUGUUUCUUCUAGUAGUGUUCGUCUGCUACUUCAUGCGUCGGACAUGGGGUCACGGCCGUGGUUCAGAGCUCAGCGCAUGCGUCCAGGUGUUGGUUGUGUAUCCUGCAGUAGAUGGUGUAUUUCAGCACAAAGUGAUGCUCCUGGCUGAGUCACUGCAGAGCUGUGGAGAUAUAAGAGUCGUGAUUGACACCUGGGACAGAGGAAGUUUAUCAGAACAAGGACUGAUCCGCUGGCUUCACACGGAGGCUGAACUCGCUGACAGAAUUCUCUUCGUCUUACCACCUCAACAUCCACAUACUGAAGACAUAAAAGUGAAUCCACACCACACUGUUUCAGCCUCUGCCAGCAGUCUUUUCGCCUUGGCCCUUAACCUGGUUACCAGCUCAGCCCACGACCCACACAAGCUGGACAAGUUUUGGGUCGUCGACCUGGAGCCGAAUGAGGAGAAGAGGAAGGUGCCUGCUGAACUGAGAGGCUGUGGGAUGUUUGUUCUGCCCAGAGAUCAGCAGAAGCUUCAUCAGAAGAUCUCAAACCGAACAAACACCAAGAGCUCAGUGCGGAUGAGAUGCUUCAAUCAUUUCCCAUGAAAUAAACCGGUUGGAGAUGAAAACAACCUUUACUGGAUCAGUCUGUGUUAAUGUCGUCAUCAGUAUCACAUGCUACAGCAUCAGCACAGAACAAAGUCUUCAACUUUUAGCAUGAAUAUGAGCACCAUACAGUAGUUGUGAAGGUCCAUAUAAUCUUUAUUUUUAUUUUAAGCCAUUCUUCACUAUAUUAUGUAUCGCUCUGCUAUCUGUAGAUGUACGGAAGAGGAUUAGGGCCACUGGUGAAUUUUUUUUUUUAAUUCUGACUU